AGUCGUGAGUUCGUAAACAAAUAGAAAAAUUUUAAAUUUUAAAAGGCGUUUCAUAAUUAUAGCGGCUGUUACACUUUUCAAACUGCGAACUUACAUUGAGGAACAGCUUUAUUUUCUAAUUCAAUAAUUAUGACGAUGAAAUCGUACUGAACGGAAUGUAUAUUUUAAUAUGGCUCUAGAAUGGUGGAAAAAGAGUGUUAUUUAUCACAUUUAUUUACCUUCUUUCAAAGACAGUAAUGAAGAUGGCAUUGGUGAUUUUCAAGGUCUGAUUCAAGAGCUUCGUUAUUUCAAGGAUCUUAGAAUUUCAAACUUAAUGUUGAGCCCUUUCUAUCCGUCUGCUAUGAAAGAUAAUGGAUAUGACAUUACAUGUUUUAUAGAUAUUGAUCCUGUGUUUGGAACAAUGAAUGAUUUCCAUUUAUUUAUGUUAGAAGCGAAAGAACAAGAUCUAAAUAUAAUCAUUGAUUUUGUUGCAAACCAUACCAGUGAUCAACAUCCAUGGUUUAUAAAAAGUAUUAAUAAAGUGGAACCUUUUACUGAUUUUUACAUUUGGGUUGAUGCAAAGCCAGAAUCUACUGAAGAACCUUUACCACCAAAUAAUUGGCUUAGUGUAUUUGGAGGAUCUGCUUGGGCUUGGAAUGAUCAAAGAAAGCAAUUUUAUUAUCAUCAGUUUUUGCCAGAACAACCUGAUUUGAAUUAUCGUAAUCCAGCAGUUAAAAGUGAAAUGGAGAAAGUUUUACAAUUUUGGUUGGAUAAGGGAGUUGAUGGUUUUCGGAUUGAUGCUGCUAGUCAUAUAUUUGAAGAUGAAAGGUUAUUAGAUGAACCUAGAGCUAAGCAAACCAAGGCAACUAUGGAUGAAUAUGGAUACUUGAAUCAUAUAUAUACAAAAGGUAUGCCUGAAACUUAUGAGCUUUUGAAAGAGUGGAGAUGUAUUUUAGAUGCUUAUUCAAAACGUCUUAACAAACCAAAGAUAAUGAUAAUUGAAGGAAUGGAGGAUAUAGAAGAUGUUAUUCUUUAUUAUGGUACAAUACAUGAAAAAAUUGCUGAAAUUCCUAUGAACUUUCAGUUCUACAAAGUGACACCUUCCUCAACUGGAUUAGAUAUUCAAGAAAUAAUUGAUGCAUGGUUGAAGAAAAUGCCAAAGGGAAAAUUUCCAAACUAUGUGAUAAGCUCCCAUGAUUUUCCACGAGUAGCAUCACGUGUGGGCAGCAUAUUGGCCAGUUCUCUUCAAAUGAUAGUGCUAUUGUUACCUGGCAUUCCUAUUUGUUACUAUGGUGAUGAGAUUGGAAUGGAGAAUGGUAUUAUCAGUCCUGAAGAAAUGAAAGAUAGUUUUGCUCUCAGAACAAAACCGUCAAAUUCUCGUGAUCCAAUGCGAACCCCUAUGCAGUGGAAUUCUGGCAUUAAUGCUGGAUUUACAAACUGUGAUAAACCUUGGUUGCCUAUUAAUACAAAUUAUAGAUUUCAAAACAUAGAGGUUGAAAAUCAAGAUGUUUUCUCUUUCCUACAUAAUUUUAAAAGGCUUGUGAAGCUUCGAAGAGAACCCUCAGUGCUGUUAGGAACAUGUGAAUAUGCAUUGGUGGAUAUGGACAUUUUUUCUUUCACCCGCUCUAUAGUUGGGGCAAAUUGUUAUUUAAUAAUAGUUAAUAUGAAUGAGAAUGCUAUAUUAGUUAAUUUAGCUUCUAAAGUACCAUCACUACCCGAAACUGCUCGUUUGAUACUUACAAACCCACAUUAUUAUGAAAAAGUUUUAUCAAAUAGAAGUGAAUUAAGUAAUUAUGCUGAAAGUAGUACUUCUAGUAAUGCCCGGAAUUCAAAUCAUCCUGCAGAAAACCAAAUAUUUAUUGCUUUAAAUAAUUUAAAAUUAGAGUCUCAUCAAUGUAUGGUUCUUUCUUAUGAAAUAUAAAAAAUAUGUAGAGCUUUUUGCCUUGCAUUGCUUUUUAAACUUACCAAAGUUUUCCAAAGAUCAAAAUAUUUUAAAGCAUUUAAUUAAAAUGUGUGUGACAUAUAAAAUUUGUAGGAUGUUUCCUUUCUUAAUCACUGCACUCCACCCUUUGUUUCUGGAAUAUGCUAAGUGCCAAUUAUAUCAAAGGGUUUGCUGUGUACCAGAAAGAUCACUGCUAUGUUUUAUAUAUUCAUUCACAAAGGUGAAAGCUGCAUCUGAGCUAGUGUUUGUAUUUGAGUAUUAUGAGAAAUAAGGAAAUUGAUUCAAGCUUAUAUUGCUUUUCACUUCCCAUCCCAUUCCAUAAAGGUUGCAUUUCUAAUAUCCCAAUACAUUGAUUAAAUAAUUCUGUUUUUUGGUUAUCAAUAUAUAUGUGUAUACAUACAUGGUUUUCAGGAUCAUUGUGGCCCAAUAACUUAUUAAUAAACCACUAUAAAUAUAGUUCUAAUUAGAAAAAUAUUUAAAAAAAUAUAUUUUAUGUUUUUUAAGUAAAUAAAUCUUUUUUUGAAUUAAUUACAAAUUCUAAUUUUUUUAUGCAGUCUUCCUGUCCUAUCAGUCAUAUUUAGUAAAAAAAUAAUUAUUGCUAUUAAGUUAAAUAAAAUUCAUUUACAAAUUUAUUUUGUGGAACAAUUAGAAAAGAUAAUAAAUUGACACAUAAUUUCAAUUUAUAAACGAUACAUUAAGGUCUCUUUUGAGGAUCUCUUAAGAGAUCUUGAAUUUAUCUGUAAAAUUAAUCUAAAACAGUGAUGCUCAUUGUUUUAUAAAUUGGCAGAAAAACUUUUGGAUAAAAUGCUACCAUGUCAAUAUUUUACUAAAUAUGAUUGAUAGGAUUAAGAGAUUACAAAAAAUUUAGAUUUCCUAAAUUUUUGAGAAAUAUAUUUACUGACACAAAUAAUAAAAAAUCUAAUUUUUCCUGUCAAGAAUUUUUCCAAUUGAAGAUAUAUGUCUAACUGUUGUGGUUUAGAAAUUAGAUAUUGGCCCAUGAAUAGAAUGGACACCUGAAUAUAUAUUUUUAAAAUGUUCAUUGGAAAUAAUAUCUAAUAUGUUUGUUUAAUUUUAUAGCAAUUGAACUUGCUUAGUUUAAAAUGCAAUGAUAAUAAUCUUUUUUUAUUUACUUCUCCACUUUAAUCAUUGCUCAGUAGCUAAUUUUUAACUAUUAGAGAAAAGUAAUUUUCUACUAAAUGGGUAAAAGGUCUAAAUGACAGAAAAACAAAAUACUUCACGUUGUUUAAAUUAAUAAAUACACUUUUUAAAAAAUUAUGAUGUCUAGAUUUUUAAAUAUAAUUCCUAUAAGUCAUACAGAGUAAUUUUUUUUUUUUUUUUAACUCACUAACAUUUUUAACAAGAAGAAGUUCAGCACUUCCAUGACUAAAACUGAAUGUGUUUAAAUUUCUUAAUUUUUGACAAUUUAAAUGGCUGCUUUGAUGAAAAUUUAACAAUCAAUGACCAUUUGACUUUGAUUAGUUUAAAGUAAUGAAAUUUGGUUGCAAAAUUAUGGACUUAUUUUUAUUUAAAAUGUUAGUGUAUCAAAAAUAUUUAACUAAAUAUAUAUAUAAAAAAAAACUAUAUAUAAAUUUAAGUUAUUUAAUUUGUUCAGCAGUACUCAAACAGCAUCUUUAAAGAUUUCAUCAGAGUUUUUUUUUUUUUUCCCCGCUUCUUUCUGAUUGAAAGUAUUUGUCUGCGUCUAAAGAUUUGGAAAUUAGUUAUUGAGUGGAUUUUCUUUUUAUAUAUAUUUUUAAAUUUGAAUAAAAAUUAAUUUCUUUGUUUAAUUUAUUUUCAUAUAUCCAACUAAUAAUCCAAAUGAAGUUCAUUUUUUCUCAUGUAUUCCAUUUAGUAGAAAUAAUAAAAGUUUUAUUAUCUGAGUUAGAAAACUCAAAUAAUAAAUAAGGGUUAAUCAGUAAUAGAUAUACCAGUUAUUUCCUUAUCAUUAACUUAGAGUGGAGCUUUAUUAAAAAAUGAACACUAAGUAUUUAGAAUAUAUUUAAAUAAUUAUAAAUGUUUAAAUAACUAUUUUGUUACUGUUCAAAAAUUGAAAUUUUACAUACAGGAAAUAAAUUUCAUAAGCUUCUGAAAUUUAAAGAAUAAUGAUAUAUUUUUAUUCUGGAGAUACCAAUAAAAGUUAUGUAAUAAGCUUGUGAAGAUACAUAUUUAUUUUUACACAAAUGAGUGAUUGUUCACUUUUAUUACAUACUUAGAAAAGAUGUUUUUAUACAACUUCCGUUUUUUAAUACAUGUAUGAAUUUGUCUCUAAAAAUAUCCAUAUUUAUCACUUCUCUUCGUAAGUAUAUUGUUUGAUUUAUUGCUGUUGUUUAUAGUUUGCAUGGAAACAUUUUUUUUAAAGGAAAAGAAUUUAAAAACUCGGCAGGAAUUCCUUAUUUCUAUAUAAUUGCUAUUUGGAACACAUUGCAAGGUAUUAUGAAUUGAUAUUAUUUCUCAGGGAGUGUUUUUAUGAAAUUGUGUGAUUUCAAUAAACUCAUUUAGUAUUUUGUAUUUCAAAGUAUUUCUAGUUUAUAAGCAGCAUGAUAGCGCUUUGCUAGCUAUAUUUAAUUGAUUUGUGAAUUUUUAUGUGAUAUGUUAGGCCUAUUUUUUUAAAAUAUGAAAAGCUAUUUAAUGCAUUCCCUUCUUUUAGAG